GCCUAGUAGUCGAAUCGGAUAAUCGGUUUACUAAACAAAUUGUUUAUGCGGAAAAAUACGCUUCCUCUUAAAUAGUUUUUAUACCUAUUGGUGUGUGGAUCAAUGCUGAAUUAAUGCGGAAAUGCUGCGCAUUCGUCGACGUUUUGCGCUUCUCAUUUGCUGUGGCUGCCUAUUAAUCUUUCUCAGCUUGUAUGUGAUCCUUAAUUUUGCAGCCCCAGCUCCAAAUGCGAAAAAGUCAAAUUACUUUGCUCUUGAAAGCAAACUGCAUCACCAGGAAAAUGAAGCCCAAAAUCAUGGACAUGGUAAAGAAAUGUCCAGAAAUGCACGGCAAAGUUUGGAUAAGAGACCAGCAAAAGCAAAGGAUAUCUUAGAGCACCGGGACAUACAGGGAGAUGGCGAAACCGAGGAGUGCAACGAUGUGGUAAGGCAGGUGCCAGAGGUUGAUAUACAAAUGCUGGAAAUGUACGAUCGCAUGUCGUUUGCGGAUGUGGAUGGUGGUGUCUGGAAGCAGGGCUGGAAUAUCAAAUAUGAUCUGCUUAAGUAUAAUAGUCACCACAAGCUAAAGGUAUUCGUUGUGCCGCAUUCCCACAACGAUCCUGGCUGGAUACAAACAUUCGAAGAUUAUUACAACGCUGAUACGAAACAUAUUUUGUCAAAUGCUUUGCGUCAUCUCACUGAGAAUCCAGAUAUGAAAUUCAUUUGGGCAGAAAUUUCGUAUUUCUCUCGAUUCUACGAAGACUUGGGUGAGAAUAAGAAGCAGCAAAUGAAAUUGCUGGUGAAGAAAGGUCAAUUGGAAUUUGUUACGGGUGGCUGGGUAAUGCCUGACGAGGCGAACUCACAUUGGCGCAACGUUUUGCUGCAGCUUACCGAAGGUCAAACCUGGUUAAAGGAACACUUUAAUAUAACCCCCACCUCAUCAUGGGCUAUUGAUCCAUUUGGCCACAGCCCCAGCCUGCCGUAUGUGCUGCAACGAAGUGGCUUCAAGAACCUUCUCAUACAGCGCACGCACUAUUCGGUGAAAAAAGAGUUGGCACAACAGCGAAAUCUCGAAUUUUAUUGGCGUCAAAUAUGGGAGACGCAUGGCAAUGCGGCUCUAUUUACCCAUAUGAUGCCCUUUUACUCAUACGAUAUUCCACAUACUUGUGGUCCAGAUCCCAAGGUGUGCUGUCAGUUCGACUUUAAGCGCAUCGGCUCUUUUGGCCUAAGUUGCCCAUGGCGAGUGCCACCUCGCGCUAUCGACGACAACAAUGUGGCAGCACGUUCGGAGCUCCUAGUGGAUCAGUGGAAAAAGAAAGCCGAAUUGUAUCGCACGAAUACGCUCCUCGUGCCGCUGGGCGAUGAUUUUCGUUACAAGCAGAAUACUGAAUGGGAUGUGCAGCGUGUGAACUAUGAAAGGCUCUUCGAGUACAUCAACGGACACUACGCUUUCAAUGUGGAGGCCCAGUUUGGUACGUUGCAGGAAUACUUUGAUGCUGUGCACAGUUCAGGGCAGAGUUUUCCAUCGCUAAGUGGUGACUUUUUCACAUAUGCGGAUCGCUCCGAUAACUAUUGGAGUGGCUAUUACACCUCGCGUCCGUAUUAUAAGCGUAUGGAUCGCGUUCUAAUGCACUAUCUGCGUGCUGCCGAAAUGUUGAAUUCUUGGAAGCCCUGGGAUUCGAAUGCGGGCUUUGCCCAGAAACUGGAGUUGGCGCGUCGAGAACUCUCGUUAUUUCAGCAUCACGAUGGCAUCACAGGCACUGCCAAAACGCAUGUAGUGCUGGAUUACGAAAGGCGUAUGAUAGAAGCGCUCAAGGCCUGCCACUUUGUGAUGCAACAAGCGAUAUAUCGCCUGUUGACCAAUCCCACCAUCUACACUCCUGACUACAACUUCCAUUACUUUACCUUGGAUGAUUCACGCUGGCCAGGUGUCGGAGUGGAGGAGAGUCGCAUUACCAUCAUACUGGGCGAAGAGCUACCCAACAAGCAUGUGGUCUUGCACAAUACAUUGCCACAUUGGCGUCAACAGCUCGUAGAUUUCUAUGUAUCCAGCCCGUUCAUAAGUGUCAGCGAUUUGGCUGGCAACACUGUCAAGGCGCAGGUGUCGCCCGUUUGGAGCUGGCACCACGACACGCUUAGCAAGACUGUCAAUCCGCAGGGAUCCACUACCAAAUUUCGAAUUAUCUUUGAGGCCCGCGUGCCUCCAAUGGGCCUAGUCACCUACGUGUUAACCGUGACCGAUUCGAAGCCAACCCACACAUCAUUCGCUUCUCAGCUACUGCUUAACAGCAAUUCGCUAUUUGUGUCUUUGGGACAAUAUCCAGAGGUCGUCAAGUUUGGGGAUCAUCGAGAGUUAGCCCUUCGCGUUGGUUCUGGACCCACAUUGGCAUUUUCAGAGCAUGGAAUGUUGAAAUCAAUGCAGCUUACUCCGGACAGUCCUCACGUGCCAGUACACCUCAAGUUCCUUAAAUAUGGCACACGCUCACAUGGAGAUAAGUCGGGCGCCUAUUUGUUCUUGCCAAAUGGACCUGCACUCUCAAUGAUGAACGGUGCUUCUCCUGUGGUGCUCGUUAGUGAGGGAGAACUGGAGUCUUAUGUGAGCGUGGGAUUGCCGCAAGUUAUACAUCAGACCAUUUUGCGUGGCAACGAUUUUCCUGAAAUACGCAACCUUGUCAAUAUUGGUGACAUCGACAACACGGAGGUUGUGAUGCGCUUGCAAACACAUAUUGACAGCGGGGAAACCUUCUACACCGAUCUCAAUGGACUGCAGUUAAUAAAGCGUCGACGGUUUGAUAAGUUGCCAUUGCAGGCAAACUAUUAUCCGGUUCCCUCGGCUAUCUUCAUUGAGGAUGCCAACAUGCGCCUGACACUGUUAACUGGACAACCGCUGGGAGGCUCCUCUUUGGCACCGGGUGAGCUGGAAAUCAUGCAAGACCGUCGAUUGGCUAGCGAUGAUCAACGUGGUUUAGGUCAAGGCGUAUUAGACAAUAAGCCGGUACUACAUAUUUAUCGCAUAGUUCUUGAAAAGAUCAUCGGUUGUGAACGGCCACCGGACGCUUAUCCAGGCAGUUACUUAACAAGCGCUGCGUACAGGGCUUCACAAUCUCUUCUAGAUCCAUUGGAUAAAUUUAUAUAUUCGGAAAAUGAGUGGACUGGGGCGCAGGAGGUGUUUGGAAACGAUCACGUACCGGCCAACGAGGCAACGGACGUAGUGGUAGUGCGACGACUAUCAAAAAGCACAGCGAAUAUUCAGCGCAUCGGAUGUGUAUUACAUCGGACCCAGCUGAUGGAGUGUAGUGACGCACGCUUAGAAGACAAGUUCAAUGCUUGUAACUUGCUGCAAAAUAGUGACGAUCCAAGUGUUAGCUGUCAUAGAUCCACACUAACAUUUCUGCAGAUACUAGAAAACUUGGAACACAAAGUCGCACCAGUUCCUUGCCCCAUGGAGACAAAUGCGUACAUUAUAAGCUUUAGCGCCAAAAAUCACAGCUGAACUUAUAAAAACUAGUACUAUAAAUUAAUGACUAGCGAAAGGCACUCCACACUUAUUUAUUAAUUUGCUUAACUAUUGACCAUGAAACAAAUAACAAUGAAAACUCAUAUUUGAAUCUCAGUUUACGUAAUUUAAAAUCUUUCAAAGAAUUAUUCAUUAAUGAAAAUAUUCGCAGGAAGUUCAACAGGGUUUUUACCUAUAGAAUUUUAUAAAGUUAAUUUAUAUUUUGUGUGAUAUUUAUCGUAACGUAUCGCAAUUUCAAGUAAUCAAUUACAAUCUAUUGAUGCUUAAUUUUUGUUAAAUAUCAACUUUUAAACUACUCGCAAUAUCAUAAACAUAGUGACAACAAUCUCAAAUGGAAUGUAAAAUUAAAAUGGUUCAAGCUCUUAUUGGGCUGGUCAAUUAAAACAAAAAACGCAUUUUAUUAUAAAUUUUUAUAUUUUUUUUUUGUUUUAUAACCUAAAGCGCAAAAGGAAUUUAUUACACAGAUAUAUGAAAUUUAAUUCAGAUUGAAGCCAAGUGGAAUACUUGGGAUUCGGUAUUUAAGUAGACGGUUCAAUCGACAUUGCUUAUCAGUCUGGAUUUGUUAAUAAUAUCAACAUAAUGUGGUCAUUAAAUCUGUAUGAAUCAAUUUCGUAAUAUACGAAACAUUUUGUGGAAAAAUGAGGAAUUGAAAUAAAUAAUAGCUGCUUAGAAUUUA